UUGAACUAAGGUGCUUAUCGGUUCAACCUUAAGGCAAUAAACAUUCGUCUAAACCACCGGUUAAAAACUUAUGAGAUUAACUAAAUUUAAUAAAUAAUAUUUCAUAGGAACAAAAACAAUGAGAUUCUUGUGAGUUAAGUUUAGACGGUGCAAGACAAUAUCAGCCUAGUCUGCCUAGACUAUAUAACAAAUAAUUAUAGUCUACAUGUAAAUUGGAAUUCAUUCAAUAAGCCAACACAAGAAUAAACUAUUCACACCAACUGAAACAGCCUAAAUUAUGACAAGACCUGUACGUCUUCAUUAUGGUCAUGCAGAAAAUGAGAUACACAAUUCUUGUGUUACUAAAACUUGCAAGCACCAAAGACAUGAAAAUACAAUUGAUAAAUAUGCAAAUGAAAUACGUAUCUAAACAGAAACGAGCAUGCAUUGCAAUGCACAAAUAAAUAAGACAUUAAGAACUAUAUGUUGUUCGUGAUAAUCAAUAAAUAUCAAUUUUGUGCUAAUUCUAUAAUUCACCAUAUGCACUAAGACUAACCAUGAAGACAACUAUAACAUUAAGCAUUGUUAUACUCAAUCUAUGGAUAAUUGCAAGUGCAUGUCCUGAAAUACACACAAAGAAUUCAACUAAUCCUGCAGUCAUGAAGAAGAGGUAUGAAACAUGGCUGAAACGAUACGGACGACAUUACAGAGACAGAGAAGAAUGGGAAGUUCGUUUCGACAUCUACCAAUCAAAUGUUCAGUAUAUAGAGUUCUACAACUCUCAAAACUAUUCUUACAAGCUCAUAGACAACAGGUUUGCAGAUAUUACUAAUGAAGAGUUCAAAAGCACCUAUCUAGGUUAUCUGCCCCGGUUUCGUGUACAAACGGAAUUCAGGUAUCAUAAACAUGGAGAACUACCGAAAAGCAUAGAUUGGAGAAAGAAAGGUGCAGUUACACACGUCAAAGAUCAAGGCCGUUGUGGAAGUUGUUGGGCAUUCUCAGCAGUGGCAGCUGUAGAAGGCAUCAACAAGAUCAAAACAGAAAAUUUAGUUUCUCUAUCGGAACAACAGUUGAUAGAUUGUGAUAUUAAAAGUGGGAAUGAAGGCUGCGAAGGUGGCGACAUGUACAUAGCAUUCAACUACAUCAAAAAACAUGGAGGGAUAGCCACUGCUAAAGAAUAUCCUUAUAAAGGAAGAGACGGUAACUGUAACAAGUCCAAAGCUAAAAACAAUGCUGUAACCAUAAGCGGCUACGAAAGUGUACCUGCUCGCAAUGAGAAAAUGCUAAAAGCUGCAGUUGCUCAUCAGCCUGUCUCCAUUGCAACUGAUGCUGGAGGUUAUGCAUUUCAAUUUUAUUCAAAAGGUAUCUUCUCUGGAAGUUGUGGAAAGAACCUCAACCAUGGCAUGACUAUAGUUGGGUAUGGAGAAGAAAAUGGUGAUAAGUAUUGGAUUGUGAAGAAUUCAUGGGCAAAUGACUGGGGUGAAUCGGGUUAUGUCAGGAUGAAGCGUGAUACUAAGGAUAAAGAUGGGACUUGUGGCAUUGCCAUGGAUGCUACAUACCCUGUCAAGCAUUAAGCAGCAUGCUAGGAUAAUUGACCUGUUGUGGUUAUAAAAAUAAAAGAAAUUAGCUCAACAAAGAUUGUUUACACCAAUUACAAAAGGUUUUAGGAAGAGAUGGCAACUAUUUGACUGAAUGUAAUAAUAUGCAGAUAGGUAGACUAAAUAU